AUGGGAAAGAAAGGCCAAACUCGGAUGGCAAUGUGGCUUUUCUCUGAGAUGCAUAAUAGUGGGUGCCGGCCUGAUACUUCUGUUUACAAUGCACUCAUCUCAGCCCACCUUAACUCCAAGGAUGAAGCGAAGGCUUUGGACAAAGCUCUCGGAUACUUUAACAAAAUGAAGGGAAUGGAAUUGUGCCAACCCAGCAUUGUGACAUACAACAUUCUUUUGAGAGCUUUUGCACAAUCUCGAAAUGUAGGGAAAGUUAAUGCUUUGUUUAAGGAUCUUGAUGAGAGCGUUGCUUCCCCUGAUAUCUAUACGUAUAAUGGUGUAAUAGAUGCAUAUGGGAAGAAUGGAAAUAUCAGAGAAAUGGAAUCCGUGCUUUCUCGCAUGAAAAGUAAUCAGUGUAAGCCUGACAUCAUCACCCUUAAUUUGCUGAUUGAUUCAUAUGGGAAGAAGCAAGAAUUCGAUAAGAUGGAACAGGUAUUUAAGUGCUUACUUCGUUCCAAGGAGAAACCAACACUCCCUACAUUUAAUUCAAUGAUCAUAAAUUAUGGUAAGGCAAGGCUUAAGGAGGAAGCGGAACAUGUAUUGCAGAAGAUGGCUGACAUGAAAUACACGCCAAGCUUCAUAACAUAUGAGAGUCUUGUCAUGAUGUAUGGGUUCUGUGAUUGUGUUUCAAAAGCUAGGGAGGUAUUUGACAGGUUGGCUGAAUCUGGAAGGGAGUUAAAGUUUUCAACGCUUAAUGCAAUGCUUGAUGUUUACUGCAUGAAUGGUUUGCCCAUGGAAGCUGAUAAGCUUUUUGCGAGUGCAAAUAGUAUUGGGGUACGCCCAAAUGUAUCAACGUAUAAACUUUUAUACAAGGCUUACACCAAGGGGCUUCAAGAGAAACUGCUGAAAUCCAUGGAAAACGAUGGUAUUGUCCCAAAUAAGAGGUUCUUUCUAGAGGUUCUUGGGGCAUUUUUCUCUUCACCAGGGAGUCCAGGAUAUAUCUAUACACCAGAUAACAAGUCACGCAUGUCUAUCAGUUUCACCCUCGUCUGA